AUGCCCUGCGUCCUUUUGAACGUGUCACUGGUUGCAUCUGGCCACCGUAGCGCUCCUGUGAACAGCAGCGGUGAAAGAGUGACAAGAUUUACAGAGUUUCUGGAGCCCUUUGAAAGAGUGAUUCAACCAGAGGAACUUUGGCUCUACAAGAAUCCUCUGGUUGAGUCAGACCACAUUCCCAAGAGGGUCAUGUUCGCAAUUUCAUUCCUCACCCCACUGGCGGUGAUAUUUGUGGUGAAGAUAAUUCAGAGGACGGACAAGACAGAGCUCAAAGAGGCAUGUUUAGCUGUGUCCCUGGCCCUCGCCCUGAAUGGAGUCUUCACGAAUACUAUCAAGUUGAUUGUUGGCAGACCCAGGCCCGAUUAUUUCCAGCGUUGUUUCCCUGAUGGACAAGUAAAGGGGGAUGCGAGGAUGCUGUGCACCGGAGAGCCAGAUCUAGUCUCUGAUGGACGCAAGAGCUUCCCCAGCAGCCAUUCCUCCUUUGCAUUCUCCGGACUUGGCUUCACCUCCUUCUACCUGGCGGGGAAGCUGCAGUGUUUUACGGAUCAAGGUCGAGGGCGUAGCUGGCGUCUCUGUGCCACGGUGCUGCCUCUCUACAGUGCUAUGAUGAUUGCACUGUCCCGGACCUGCGACUACAAACACCACUGGCAAGACGCCUUUGUUGGAGGAGUGAUUGGGUUGCUGUUUGCGUACAUCUGCUAUCGCCAGCACUAUCCACCCUUUCUGCACACGGACUGCCACCUGCCUUAUGCCAGUCUGGCUGCUGCUGCCCACACGCCCUCGCAUCCCCAGGACGACCCAUUGCCCACUGACAAUGCCACCACCCUUCCCCUGGAGGGCUUGACUGAAGGGCCAGUAUGACUAGUGUCCACCACCGAGACUACCCCCAACACCCUCACCACGCCACU